UCCUCCUCCUCCUCCGCUGAGAGAAGGCGCAUGUGGAGACCCUCUCCUCCUUUGGCCGGGCGCUGAAGGGAAGCCCUUGGAGAAGGCGAGGCCGAGAGAAGGAACUUCCCAGGCCAGCUCAGCCUAGCGCCGCGCGCGCUCUCUGCCACAGCACCGCCGUCCUUCCUCGCAGACCCGCGCGCGCUCCGGCACGCGCCCUUCCCGCUCUUUCUCCUUCUCCUCCUUCUUCUCUCUCUCUCUCUCUCUCUCUCUCGGCGUUUUCCUUGGCCCUCGCUCCUUUUCAUGGCUUUCCUGGCGGCGCCUCCCACCUGCUGUGGCUCCUACCUGCUGCGGGCAAGCGCAGCCUCCCCAGACUCCGCAGCCGCGCGCUGCUCCCCGCCUCCGCCGUCACCCAACUUUGGAGGCGCCGCUCCGAGCUGGCGCGUGUCCUCGGCGCGUCUCUGAGGGAAGGAGAAGAAGCCGCUCUCCCUCCGCCCGGCUCAGCCCCUCGCCGCCCGAGGCCCGCCCGGGAGCCCAUGGCCGCGGCCUUUGGCGGGCCCCUUCGCCCCUUCCAGGCGGAGUGCUUCUGCUUCGGCUGCAGCGGUGGCUUCCCCGCCUCCUCCUGCUCCUCCUCCAGGUCGGCCUUGGGCAGCCGCGGGGCGCGGGUCAGCAGCCUGGCCUUUGACGGCGGGGAGGCCGAGCGCGCCCCUUGAGCACGAGCCAAUGCGGCGCCCCUUCCUCCUCCUCCUCCUCCUCUCCCUCUUCGUGCUGCGCGGGUGUUAGCGGGGCGCCCUCGGCUCCCCCUCCCCUCCCCGCCCCCCUCUUUCGGCUCCUCUCCCUCCGUCUGCGGCUCUGCCUCCCGCGGGGGCCAUGCAGUCCCUCAUCUCGCCGGUGACCAAGGCGAUUCUGGUGGCCCUCUUCAUCUUCGCCAUCCUGCUCAUCCUCUACGUGAUCCUGUGGUACAUCUGCCGCGACGUGGACUGCGACCAUGGCAUCUGAGCGGGCAUGCCGGGCCCGGGCUUAGCGCCGAGGGAGAGCGAGAAGGAGGAAGAGGAGGCGGAGAAGGAGAGCGCCCCGCCGCCGAGAAGGCCAAGGAAGGCAGGCGAGGAGGGAGCAAGGAGGCCCCGGGAGAGACGGCCCACGUCCCCUGCCGUCGGAGCCCGAGAGUGACCUUCAGGGAUCAGGGUGACCCGGUGCUCAUUAAUGAGUGAAGAAUCAAAAGACUGGGACAGUGGCCAAGAAGCAAUGGAGAAUAAAAGUUCGGAAGCUUCCCCAUCAGACCUAAAGUUAGUGGCCCACCCAAGAGCAAAAAGUAAAGUUUGGAAGUACUUUGGCUUUGAUACCAAUGCAGAAGGAUGUAUAUUACAGUGGAAGAAAAUCUACUGUCGUAUUUGUAUGGCACAGAUUGCCUAUUCGGGAAAUACAUCCAACUUGUCUUACCAUCUUGAAAAAAAUCACCCGGAUGAGUUUUGUGAAUUUGUGAAGAGCAACACUGAGCAGAUGAGAGAAGCCUUUGCAACAGCUUUCUCAAAACUAAAGCCAGAAUCGUCUCAGCAGGUUGCUCAGGAUAACUUAAUUGUGAAGACAUGUCACAGUUAUGAGAAUAAAAAGCAUCAGGAGCUUACAUCAGGGGUGGUUAGUUUAAUAUGUGAAGGGUUAUAUCCCCCAUCUAUUGUAGACGAGCCCACCUUUAAGAAUCUCUUAAGAAUAGCUGACCCCCGAUAUGAACUUCCAUGCAGAAAAUUUUUCUGUACAAAAGCAAUUCCUGAAAAAUACAGUGCUGUUAAAGACAUUGUGUUAAAAGAACUGACUGAUAUCCUGUGGUGUGGCAUAUCUCUAGAUAUGUGGAGAAGUGAAAACCAGAAUAGAUCCUACGUGACAUUGACAGUACACUUUCUCAGUAAUGGCUCUGCUAGCUGUCUGGCUGUUAAUUCCCGUUGUUUAAAAACAUUUGAAGUGCCAGAGGAAAAUACUGGAGAAACUAUUACUAGAGUCCUUUAUGAGGUUUUCAUUGAAUGGGGAAUCAAUACAAAGGUUUUUGGUGCAACAACAGACUAUGGGAAAGACAUUGUGAAAGCUUGCUCACUUUUGGACAUUCCAGUUCAAAUGCCUUGCCUGGGACAGACUUUUAAUAUGGGCAUUCAGCAAGCUUUUCAGCUUCCCAAGUUGUCUGGUGUCUUGUGCAGAUGUCGGAAACUUGUGGAAUACUUCCAGCAAUCUGCAGUAGCCAUGUACAUGUUAGGGGAGAAACAGAAGCAACAGAACACUGCACACUGUAUGCUAGUAAGUGACCGUGUUUCCUGGUGGGGAAGCACACUUGCCAUGCUGGAACGUCUUAAAGAGCAACAGUUUGUAAUUGCCGCAGUUCUUGUGGAGGACAGCAAUAAUCACCAUCUGAUGUUGGAAACCAGUGAGUGGAAUACAGUUGAAGGCUUGGUGGACUUGCUCCUACCAUUCAAGCAGGUUACUGAGAUGAUGUCUGCUUCCAAGUACCCAACAAUAAGUAUGGUGAAACCUCUCCUUCACAUGCUGCUAAAUACAACAUUAAACAUCAAGGAAAAUGACCUGAAAGAAAUCAGUAUGGCAAAGGAAGUAAUAGCCAAAGAAUUAUCUACAGUAUACCAGCAUACACCUGAGAUAGACAUGUUUCUUAAUGUUGCCACUUUCUUGGACCCAAGGUACAAGAAACUGCCUUUUCUUUCAGCAUUUGAGAGGCAGCAAGUUGAAAACAGAGUGGUGGAAGAAGCAAAAGGUCUUCUGGAGAAAGUAAGAGAGAACACAGUGAAGACUGAAGAGCAGUUUUUUACAGUGACUGAAGAGCCCCCAGUGAAAAAAAUUGUAAUUGGCGUCACUCCCCCUCCUACCAGCACCAUUAAUAACAUGCUUGCAGAAAUCUUUUGCCAGACAGGCGGUGUUGAAGACCAAGAGGAAUUGCAUGCUCAGGUUAUUGAAGAAUUGAGCAAUUUCAAGUCGCAGAAAGUUCUUGGGUUAAAUGAAGAUCCACUUAAGUGGUGGUCUGACAGACACGCUUUAUUUCCUGUUUUGCCAAAGGUUCUUCAGAAGUACUGGUGUAUUGUGGCCACAAGAGUGUUCCCUGAGCGUCUUUUUGGUUCUUCUGCUAAUGUUGUCAGGGCAAAGAGAAACCGUUUAGCCCCGGCUCAUGUAGAUGAGCAAAUAUUUUUGUACGAGAACACUCGAAGUGUGUCAGAAGCUGAGCCUGAUGAAGAGGAUGAGGGGGAAUGGGGCUUGGAACAGGACCAUAUUAUUAAUUUAAGUGACACAGCAAAUGUAAACAGCACUUUCAUUAAUAUGAGAGACAGUGGCUUCAUAUAGAUGGAAUGCUUAUGGUCCUUCUGAAAAAAUGCUUCUUUUAAAAUACUCAAACCACCCAAGUUGUCAUGAUAAAAAUGCUGUAAAUACUGAACGGUUGGAACAUAGCUUUGUUUGUGUGUAUGUAUUGUGAGUGCAUGUGAGUGUGGCUGCUGACCUCAGGAGUGUGAUAUUUUACUCCAAAAAGCAGAAACAGACAUAACGAUGGCAAGAACACAGAUUCAGGCAUGCAUUAAAACAUGUGAGCUGUCUUCAUUGACUUAGGAACAGGAUGCAUAAAUAAAAUAGCAACUUUUAAAACAA